AUGAAAUCAAACUAAUAUACUCUAAUUUCAAUUGAAGGUAAUAUAGGUUCUGGUAAAAGCACACUUUUAAAAUUGAUAUAAUAAAAAUAUCCUGAUGUAAUUCUGGUUAUAUAUUUAGUUACGAUUUAUUCCUGAACCUGUUAAUGAAUGGAGAAAUAUUAAUGGAGAUGAAACUUUAAAUUUAUUAGGUUCUUUUUAUGAAAACCCUACUAGAUGGGCUUACACAAUGCAGGUUUAUGCCUUUUUUAGUAGAUUAAAACAUUGGAAAGAAGUUCUCUCUGAUCCGAAUAUUCCAAAAAAUAAACAUCUAAUCCUUAGUGAAAGAAGUAUAGAAGCAGACAAAGAAAUAUUUGCAGUGAAUGGUCAUAAAAAUGGAAUAAUAAACAAUUUAGAAUUUGCUUUAUAUGAGAAAUUCUAUGAUUGGUUAUGUUAAGAAGUAUUUGGAAAGAAAGUUUAAAAGCAAAUGAUUAUUUAUUUGCAAGUAGAUCCAGAGGUCUGUCAUUUAAGAAUACAAAAGCGAGCAAGGGAAGAAGAAAAAGUAAUACUUCUAUUUUUAUUAUUUUAAGAAUACAAUUUCUUAGGAAUAUCUGAUAUAAAUUCAUAAUAGACAUGAAGAAUGGUUAUUGAGAGAAAAUCAUAAAAAUACUUCAAUAUUAGUAUUAAAUGGAGACAAAGAAUUUGAAUCUGAUAUUAAAUAAUAAGAAAAGAUGUUUAAAAACAUUGAUAACUUUUUAAAAUCUAUUUUAUGA